UCAGGACUACGAGUCUUAGCACACGACCAAAAUUACUUCCCGGUUGGUUGGUUGGUUGGUUGGUUGGCUGAAUGGCUGCUUGCUUGCUUGGUUGGCAAGUGGGGCUAGCCUAACCUCCUGGUUGUCCGCCCCUCUCGAGCUCGACAACAAUUUUGAAUCGCCCAAAGGUUUCAAGAAUGGAUUGAUUAUGUGGAAAAUGGAGAAGGCUUCCCUUUUGUUAUGAGGAGCAUCAGAUUUGGCGAAACUCGGACGAGGCCACCAAUUCGGGGACUCUACCGGUCUAUAAACGAUUAUGGAGUGCUGAUGAUAGUACAGGUCUCGUAAAGUUGAUAUGUUUAAGAAUUAUGCGCCCAAGAAGGGGUCCUUCUUGUUUUGGGAAUGAACUUGUUCUCAUCACUUUCAUUGAUCGCCAAUGAGGCAAAUUGGGUUUCGAGAGAAAGUAGUCGUACCAAUACUGGUGGCUAGAAUCCGCAAGCAAAGAGCUGAUGUGUUCAAACUCACACCUGCGUUCAAAUCGCUUUUAAAUAUCCAGAACGGAUCACUUUGGAGUGGAAAAUUAUAGACUCUAAUAGUCAAGUCAGGGUUAAGAUGGCUAUGUAAAUGAUAAUAGCCCCGAUAACAGCCCCCUUCCAUGGGUAAGUGGAGAAAAAUCCAAUAAAAAUCCUGACACAGAAGGCUAUUUUGGAUCCAUGAUGAUACCAGUGGUUCGGUCCGUAUACUCACUCCCCUCAUUCUAGGUUUUAGCGAGGACUAGAGAGGGCCCGCAGACCCGCGGAUGCUUCGAGAAGUCCCGUUUGCGCUUAUCUUUUGACAGACGAUGCAUUCGAAGAAAACCGAACGCGUCGCGGUCGGAGCACAAGCGGAGACUUGAACGCACCUCGAUUUGAACAUCUUCAGUUGGUUCCUGGAGUUUGAUGAGGCCACAUAUCCCUCUGUCAAGCUUCUAAUCUUUGAAGUCGGCCUCAGCUGAAUAGAAAGUGAAAGCAAUACAAGUUCAUGCUCCUCUCGACUUGUUGGCAUCAUGUGUGAAACCUUGCAACUGACUUGGAAGCUACCCAAUACACACGCCACGAAGACCAUGCCCAAGAGAACCUCCUCCGUUCUCAGAGCGAAGGCACCAAAGAAGGUCAGGUCCGCCAAGGCUAAUAAUAACAGCAAUAACAAAACGAAGAAGAAUUACAAGUCAGAGGAGGAAGUGGAUAAAUACGCUCUUCGAGCAUGCUCCAUUAAGAAACGAAUCGAAACUGAAUCUCGUAAAGGACAACCUCGGAAGCGAGGUCCAAAGCCUAAGCCUCGUCCUCUUCCCAUGAGCAAGUACCGCAGAAAGACGGCCAACUUGAGAGAGAGACAACGAAUGGGUGAGAUAAACGUUGCCUUUGAUAAGCUCAAGGACAAAAUCCCCACCCCCAUCAUGGCGGGUAAAGGUCGGUGUGAAAAGUUAACCAAGAUUAACGUCCUUCACGUGGCCAUUAACUAUAUCCGAGCUCUGGAGAACAUCUUGGACACUGGCGAUGCCGGAGUAAAUGUAUAUGGCACAUCCAUCGUUCAAAGCCCUUUCUGUCCCUUACCUACGGGUGAAGGUGAUGACCUGGAGGAUGAGGACAUGGACACGGAGGAAGGAGAUUCCAACGAUCCCUUGGAGGCUCUGUCCAACGCCAUCAAAUUGACGGCCACAAUCAAUAAAUCCAAGAAACGAAACAAAAGUGAGUCGAGUUCCAACUCAAGUGGAGAUGAUAGCGGUUUCAUGGAAGAUGCGGAUGAUCCAGGUGAUGAUAGAAGUCCCGGUUCAACCCCAACCAAGGGCCUCGACAAUAGUCCCGAGGUGGAUUGUCCGGAUUGGACUGAGCUCACUUCCACUUUGGAUUUCCUGCCUCGCGUUGUUGGCUUCAAAUCUCAACCUCCUCCUGUGGCAACCCCUUCCAUUCCUGCUCCGGCGCCUCCCACCACUACCAGUGGUAACCUCGACACUCUUUUGACCAUAUCAGCGGCACCAGUGUUGCCAAAUAAAAGUGCCCGCCGAGUGCUCCAGCCCAAGCACUUCAAUCAGCAAAGCCCGGAAGCUGCUACUGGAUCUCGGAACGGCGUCGGGAGUGGCGGGAGAUCACCUCAGCUUCCCCCUCCUCUUUCUUCCUCUCUGUCUUUGAUCGGCGACACUUCUUCCAUUGGCGCGGGAGUCUUGAAUACAGGAACUACUGGGAAAGGAAGUGAUUUCAUUGGCGGAGGGGGAGGAGGACUCGAUCCUGGUUUGAUCACGUCUCAUGUGGCAGAUCUUUUCACCGAGUUGGCCGGUAGUUUUGACGAGUCCUUGGAAGGAUUCGAGGACUUCAACUUUGGGGUGGUUGAUCCGUUCGAAAAUUUGAUUUGAUGAGGUCCCUGCAGACCGAUGUUCUGGUGCUUGCUAGGAAUUAUGCUUCUUUUUCACUUCAAUGUCUAGCCCUCCUGUUAAUCAAUCCCUAUGGUAUUACUUGUUGAUGAACACAAAUGUUUUACAAACCACUUUCUAGCAUCUCUUCAACCCUCUCUGUGACCUGAAAAUCCCCCAAGACAGAAUUCUGUUGUGCCAUUCAUGUAAAUAUAUUUGUGAUAUCCAACAUAGUUAUGAGCUCGUUUCAUCAAAAAUGCCAUUAUGGAAAUAAAGAAAAGAGUUCAGAAUCUUCAA